UAGCCGUGCACAGGAAAGCGCGCCAAGGGAGGGUGUCGCGUUUAGUACGCACAGUACGCAGUCGUGUAAAAAGUGGCGCAAAUGUGUAAAAAAACAUGGCCAAAGAAGAGGACGCGAUACGAGAGUUCGUUGUGAGAGAACUGCACAAGUGUUCGGACCUAAGUACACUGACUUUAGGCAUUUUGCGGAGGAGAUACCUGGAGAAAGUGGGUAGAGAGUCGCUCAACCCCAAGGACAAACAGUUGAUGAAGAAAAUUGUCGAGGAGGAACUUUUGAAGAUGCAGGCCAGCAGUGAUGAUGAGCCUCUUAUUAAGAGUGUGAAUCCGUCAAAGAGCCAGAACAAAAGGAAAAGAGUGGAUGAUGACAACGAAGAUGAUGAUGGGGAUGAAGAGAAUAAAAUGGUGGGAAAGACGAAGAGAUCACGGCUGGGGGAGUCUUCUCCAGAUUCCCCUGACUCUGGAAUAGAGAAAGCUAUGAAUGAGGGAAGGCAAAAAGAGGAAGAAGCUGGAAGUGAUAAAGACAUGGGUGAAGACAGUGAGGUGGAGCAAGAGAAAAAGAACAUUAACAGAAAACCACAGAAUAAGAGGCGGGGCAAGCAGAACGCACAAGAAAAGGACAAUGACAAGAAAAAGAAAACGAAAAAGAAAGGGAAGACGAUAGAAAGUGAUGAAGAGGAGGAGAUGGAGGAUUCUGAUGAGGAGGAGGCCAGGCAAAAACCACCAUCAAAAGAAAAGAAAAAGAAAGAGGAUUCAGACAGUGAGGAGGAAACCAAUGAUAACCCAGCCAGAAGUGAGUCUGCGAGUGAUUCUGAGGAUGAUAAAGUGAAGAGCAAAGCGAAGACACAGAGCAAAAGAAAAGAGAUUAGAAAAAAGAAGCAGGUAGAGAGGGAUUUUGUGAAAGAAGUGGAGAGAGAAGUGUUUGGGAGCAGCUCUGAAAGUGAGGAGGAGAAAAACAAAGACACAAAAAACAAGAGCAACUCUGAAAAUGAAAGCCCUGGAGACAGUGAAGAGGAGAAAGAUAAAAGAGAGGAUGCUGCUGAUUUAUCCUCUAAAGAGACCGAGAAAAAUGGACAGGACAACCAGAAGGAGGCAGCAGAGGACUCAGACUCCUCUUCACUUCCCUCACUAGAGGAUGAGGAGGAACAAGAGAAGGGCAAGAAGGAGGGGGAAAAAAGCGAGACAAAGAAAAAACGUAGUGGGGAUAGGGAAAACACAACCAGAGGAAAGGAUGAAGAGAAUAAGGCUGUGUCCAGGCUGAAGCGCUACAUCGCCCUCUGUGGUGUGAGACGGAACUACAAGAAGCUGUUAGACGGCUGCCGAUCAGUAAAGGCAAAAGUGGCUGUGCUGAAAAAAGAGCUGGAGGAGCUGGGUGUGGAAGGUCAGCCCUCCAUAGAGAAGUGUAAGAAAGCUCGACUAAAGAGAGAAGAAGCACAGGAACUGGCUGAGCUGGACGUCAGCAACAUCAUCACCACUCAGGGACGUCCCAAAAGGAGAGCAGCAGCAGCAGCAUGGCCCCCAGCACAAAACGCCUCUCCUCCCCCGUCUGCCUAUAAACGUGUUGUGGACUCGGACUCAGAUAGCGGGGACAGCCACACAAACACGGGCCGCAAGAGAGGAGCAGCCUGGGGCAACCUGCAGGGAAUCAUCAGUGACGAUGGGGAGAGUGACUAGAUGGAAAGUGCCUUGUACCUGCAAUCUGUUCCAGCAUUAUACAGUGCAUUCCAUAAGUUCACCUGCUCACAAUUUUACAACAAACUGUUUAAAAACUGUUAAACCUGCUCUAAUGAAUCCGUUUGUACAUUUCAAAGGAAUUUUAUGUGUACAUCCUCUACGACUGUAGGAUGUGUUUGGAUUUCUUCCGAUAUAUUUGUUCUCUACUUUCAUGUGUUUUAUAACUGUUAGUUUGUACUUGGCAUAUUUAAGUGUAGAAUGAGGUUCAUGCAGCUUUGAAAAUAAAAUGUUUAUUGAAUCUG